AACAGUCACGGACAGGAAGUAACUGUUACCAUUUCACAAAAUGGCUGAAGCAGAGAAAGAUCAAUUUGAAGAUGAAGAGACUGAAGAAGAUGCCCCCCUAGAAAGAAGAAAUAAAAUAUUUUCAAAAGAACUGCGAUGUAUGAUGUAUGGGUUUGGAGAUGACAGAAAUCCCUACACAGAGUCUGUAGAUAUCCUAGAGGAUUUGGUUAUAGACUACAUAUCUGAAAUGACAAAAAAGGCAAUGGAAGUUGGGAGACCUGGGAGAAUCUCGGUAGAAGAUAUAAUUUUUCUCAUAAGAAAGGACCCAAAGAAAUAUUCUCGUGUUAAAGAAUUACUGAUGAUGAGUGAAGAGCUUAGGAAAGCAAGAAAGGCAUUUGAUGAAAUCAAAUAUGCAACUGCAACCAAGUGAUUAAUUUGUAAUUUCUGUAAGAGAUAUUGAAUCAUAUAAACAAGAAUUUUACCGACUUAAAAUUCAAAUCAGUGAUAAUCUGAAGUAGCCAUCAUGAUCUAUCAAAUUGACUCGCUGUUUAAAUAUUGAUAAAUAUUAAAUCAAACUUCAAAAUAUUAGAUUUUAAAAUGAAAUUUUGAUGUGUAAAUGAAGCAUGUUAAGAUUUUCAUUGUUACCUAUUUAUUGUGAUUGAAUAUUUAAGUAUGAUUAUCUGUGUAUAUUUAAGUAUGACUGUACUGUACUUGUAUGUGUAGAUGUGGAAGGUAUGGGUGAAUUAUGUAUGUAUAUUGAAUUGUUUAUAUAAUUUUGUCUUCCAAGGAAGUAAAAGACUAGGACAACUUUUGUUGCAGUUUCAUUUUUUAAUUAAAAUUGCUUUGACAGACAGAAACUGGGUCCUGAUAACCCUGAUGUUUCUCGGCAUAGAUGGAGGCCUCCUCAGUAAAAAAAAUAUAUCUGGGUUUGAUGUCCUGGCAACAACCAGUGUUGCAAAAGGCAAAAAGGGACCCAAGAUUUUAUUUUACCAUUAUGGGGUAUCCUUUGAUGGAGACGGGUGCCAAGGGAAACACUGGGGGAAAGAGAAAGUAGAUAGAAAAAGGCAGAUGGAAAUGAUAGGAAGCAACAGAUCCUGAGUGGUGCAAUGGGGGCAGCAGAUCAAUGUUUGGUCCAUGUCCCCUCCGUAGAAGACAGCCCCGAUUCCGUAGAGGGUCCCCACGCAAGUCGCCUCUUCCGAUACACAUGCAGAGGGGUACACCAGUCAUGUUCUUGGUUUACUCUAGUCAACAUCUACACAAUGUGUGGUGUAAAUGUGAGAAGUUAUGCGGUUUGGAUAAGUUUAUGUUGCUUCAAAAGAAGCGCUGGUAUCUAUCUUUGAGCGGUAACCAAUCGUAUUAAAUAGAACGGAUGGGGAAGAUCUGCAAGAGGGCAUGUUAUACAUGGGUCAAUAAAGGGAUUAAGAUACAAAACUCUCUUGUUUUCUGAUAUCAAACAGUCCUCCAGCACAACCUAGUUAUUUCCAGAAUAAGAUACAACUGUUUGAACUAUGUAACUCUUUAUUGAUGUGUACGUUCUAUAAGCACAAUGUAUAUUUGAUGUUAAAACAAUGUUAAUUGACCAACAAACAGACUCAUAGAUAUGUAUAACAAUUUAUAAAGAACAUAAAUGAUGAUAAAAUAGCUGGCUUGUCCUUCUUAUACAAUAUUAGACACGACCGCAGCACUUCAGGUAGACCCUUCCUCAAUGAUUUAUGCGUGAAGCAUAUAAUUUUGUUCCUUAAAUGGGUAACAAAAUCGAUAUAGUAUAUAGUCAUCAUCAUCAUUAUAUUUCCUCAAAAUUAGAGACACAAUUUGCAUCGAAAUGAAAUAAAAUACUUAAAUAAAACUUACAUUAUUGAGACAACAUGUACAUAUCAAUUUUAACAUCAAUCUACGUGAUGGACAUAACGAAUGAAUCUAGCUCAAAUCAAACAUCAUUAAAUAUUUGAUCAUCAUAUUCAGUUAACUUGCAACUUGAUAUCCAGAGUUUGGUUUGUCAGCUCCAGCACAUGAUUCUACCAGAGACGUAUAUGUCUCUGAUUCUACACAAACGUCAUGUUAUUUAGUGUUCAGUGCUGUUCAGUCGUGUGACGUAUAUAGGGCCACACAAUGUUACCAUAUACGUUCAGACUUUAUUCUCGUUCUCUAGAUUAGACAAUUGUAUUCAACCAAAUGCCAGUAACUAUCUCUAACUGACUAAGUCGGGCACUAUGAUGUAUCAAUGCCAGUAACUAUCCCUAACUGACUAAGUCGGGCACUAUGAUGUAUCAAUGAGACGAAUCAUAUCCUGGUAUUACAGUUUUAGCACCUGUCACCUGUACGUGAUCUCAUCUGUGGUUGUCACUAGUCUGAGACUAAACUCAUACAUUGUAUGGCUUUCUGUUUGUUGCAUUAAUUUCCCCGAAGCGAGAAAA